AUGACCUCACGGAAGGACCCAGACAAGAGCUGGGAGGAGAAGCAGCACCCAGAGAUCAAGUUGGAGCAGUCAAAGUUCAGCCUGAAGGGAGAGGAGGAGGAAGAGGAAAAAGAGGACAAGAUGGAGGAUGAUGCUGAGAAGAAUGAUGACUAUGAAGAGGAGGAUAAUGAUGAUGAUGAAGGUGAGCAGGAUGAGGGGGAGGAAUGUAUGGAGGAGGAUGAAGUCAGAGCAGGUCCCUCAGUGUCACCGAAACAGCUGAGUCAGUGCCUUGAGUGUGGGCAGAGCUUCCCACCUGGCUCAGAGCCAGUGAAGCACCACUGCCCGCAGCCUGGCUCCCGGCCCUUCGUCUGUGGUGACUGUGGCAAGAGGUUCAGCUGGAACUCAAACCUCAUCCGGCACCGCCGCACCCACACUGGAGAGAAACCUUUCACCUGUGCUGACUGCGGGGAGAGCUUCACCCAGCGCGGCCAUCUCACCCAGCACUGCCUCACCCACACUGGAGAGAGGCCCUUCUCUUGUGACAGCUGUGGCAAGCGCUUCAGGCACAUGGCUCAUCUUAGGCAACACCACCUCACCCACACCAAUGAGAAGUCCUUCACCUGCAGAGACUGCGGCAAGAGCUUCAACCACAGCUCCACUCUCACCAUCCAUCGCCGCAUCCACACCGGAGAGCAUCUGUUCCCCUGUGCUGAGUGCGGCAAGAGCUUCACCACGAGCACUCGACUCAUCCGGCACCAACUCAUCCACAGCGCUGAGAAGCCCUACAGCUGUGCCGACUGUGGCAAGAGAUUCACCCAGAAGGUACAGCUCACAGAGCACCGUCGUGUGCACACUGGCGAGUCAUUCAGCUGUGCUGAGUGCGGCAAGGCCUUCAGCCAUAGGGGCACUCUCAUUCACCACCGCCGCACCCACACUGGUGAGAAACCUUUCACCUGUUCUGCCUGUGGCAAGAGUUUCAGCCGCAGGAGCCAUCUCAUUCGCCACUGCCGCACCCACACCGGUGAGAGACCGUUUACCUGUGCUGACUGUGGCAAGAGGUUCAGCCGCAGGGGCAAUCUCAUUGCUCUCCGCCGCACCCAUACUGGUGAGAAACAUUUCACUUCUGCUGACUGUGGGAAGAGCUUCAGCCGCAGUGACCAUCUCAUUGGUCACCGCCGCACCCACACAGGUGAGAAGCCGUUCACCUGUGCUGACUGUGGCAAGAGCUUCAGCCGCAGGGGCACUCUCAUUGUUCACCGCCGCACCCACACCGGUGAGAAACUGUACACCUGUGCUGACUGUGGGAAGAGCUUCACCCAGACGGUAACCCUCAACAACCACCGCUGCACCCACACCAGAGAGCAGCCUGCACUGUAUGGGGCAUAA